CCUACCUCUCUCAAGUACCGUUCACACCAUUGACUCUUUCCUCCUAUCUCAUCCCCCCCCCCAUCAUCAUGCGUGCCAGCGACCCCAGCUCCAAGAUCUUCUACAAGGGCAAAUCCGAUGACUUCAUUGUCUUCGUAGACGACCUGAACACCCUCCAGAAAUGGAAGACCGAUUCCACAGUGCCCUUGGCUGAUGUGGUGAACGGAUGGAAGAUCUUCGUUACGCAUCGACAUGGUGCCCAAGGUGUCCUUGACGGAGCUAGUCGGGCUUCCCUGGAAAACGAAUUCGGGACCUAUAACGACGAAGAAUGUAUGAGGAAGAUUCUUGAGAAGGGUGAUUAUCAGGCUUACUCGCAACGGGAUAGAGAGGGUGAUACGAACCCUUCUAAUGGGCCUGGGGGGUUAAUGCGGUGAUUCUCGGUGCAGGGUUUUUAUGUAUGUAUGUCUGCUUGUGCAGGAUGAAGCGAUGAGCUCGCUGUGUUGUAUUUCUGUGAUUGUGAGAUCAGGUGUAUAGUAGUAGUAGUAGUUGUACACUUGUGUGCUUCUAUAUAUCGGUUGUAAAAAAACAAAAAAAAAAAAAAAUUAUCACUUACAUUCUACACUCUUCUCCUCCCGCUUCUGAACAACCCAUUCCCC